CGGCGGCUGCCGUCCUCAUCCCGGCGGCCCGGCGCUCUCGAGUGGACGCGGGGCUUCGCAAAUGGCUUGUCCCGCUCUCGGUCUGGAAGCUCUUCAGCCCCUGCAGCCUGAGCCGCCCCCCGAGCCCGCCUUCUCCGAGGCGCAGAAGUGGAUCGAGCAAGUAACCGGCAGGAGCUUUGGUGACAAAGAUUUUCGGACAGGGUUAGAAAACGGAAUCCUUCUCUGCGAGUUGCUGAAUGCUAUAAAGCCAGGACUUGUUAAAAAGAUCAAUAGAUUGCCUACCCCCAUUGCAGGAUUGGACAAUAUCAUCUUAUUCUUGAGAGGUUGUAAAGAGCUCGGCCUUAAAGAAUCUCAACUUUUUGACCCUAGUGACCUACAGGAUACAUCCAACAGGGUAGCAGUCAAGAGCCUUGAUUAUAGUAGGAAGCUGAAAAAUGUGUUAGUUACCAUUUACUGGCUGGGAAAGGCAGCAAAUAGCUGUGCAUCCUACAGUGGGACGACGCUGAACUUGAAGGAGUUCGAAGGCUUGCUGGCUCAGAUGCGAAAGGAGACUGAUGACAUCGAGAGUCCUAAGCGGAGUAUCCGAGACAGUGGUUACAUCGACUGCUGGGAUUCCGAGCGCAGCGACUCCCUGUCUCCCCCUCGACACGGCCGCGAUGAUUCCUUCGACAGCCUGGACUCCUUCGGCUCCCGCUCCCGGCAGACACCCUCGCCAGAUGUCGUCCUCAGGGGAAGCAGCGAUGGGAGAGGAAGUGACUCCGAAUCUGACCUGCCGCAUCGGAAGCUGCCGGAUGUGAAGAAGGAUGACAUGUCUGCCAGGCGGACUUCUCACGGUGAGCCGAAAUCAGCAGUGCCUUUUAACCAGUACCUCCCGAACAAAAGCAACCAGACGGCCUAUGUCCCCGCUCCUCUGAGAAGGAAGAAAGCAGAGCGAGAGGAGUAUCGGAAGAGCUGGAGCACCGCCACCUCCCCGCUGGGUGGGGAGAGGCCCUUCAGCUACCCCGAAACAAUAGAGGAAGAGGGAAGUGAAGUGGGGUCUCCUGGGGAAGAGGACCCAGCUGGCCAAAUGGACCCGGAUGGGAAGCCUUCAGAUGGUGGGUUAGAAUCACCCACUGGCCAUCCUAAGGAGCAGCGUCCUCCAGAGGGGGCUGAGGUGGCACCAGCUCCCGAGUCUGAAGAAAAAGAUGCUGCUGAAAUCCAAAAGCGCAGGAGGCUAGAGCAAGCCGGGAUCAAGGUCUUGCCAGCAGCACAGCGCUUUGCCAGUCAAAAGCAAUUAAACAAUGAGAAAGAAGUGAUUCGCGAUAUUAUCCUUCGGGAAGAAAACCCUUUCCGGACCCACCAACAUGGCAAAGUUUUAGAGUCAAAAGAGGAAAUUGCAUGUCGACUGCCUGACCUUGAGAAAGAUGACUUUGCUGCGAGAAGAGCCAGGAUGAACCAGACCAAGCCAAUGGUGCCACUGAAUCAGCUCCUCUAUGGGCCUUACCGAAGAAAAGAGGCAGAGAAACCAGAUAGCAGCAAACAACUCUCAAAGGGAAUCUCAAAAAAGAAAAGUCUAGAACAUAAAAGAAACCAGGGUCAAACAGAAGAGCUGAAGUCAGUAGUGACCUGUGUUAUGCGGGCUCAGGAGAGUGAACCUGCGGAAGAGGGACUCAGGAAAGUGCCGGAUAUUUACAAGGACGACCUGGCCCAACGGAGAAUUCAGGGCAGCCAGGCCCCUCACCGUGAGGCUCCGAGCUUUGUCAGCGUCUCCAAUAUAACGGAAGCCGACUUGGAGACGUGGGAGAGACUGAAAGUGUCAGGCAAGACGAGGGAUGACGAUGGUGAGCACAUCUGUGCCCCUGAGCCUUCACCAGAAAUCAAAGCCGAAACUGCCAUCCGGGAUGACUUUGCCAGCCGCAAAGCAAGGGCCUAUAAGAAAGCUUCCGGCCCCAAGCAGAAGUUUGUGCACUUUGGACCAGUGACAGAGAUAGAUCAGCAGAAAUGGAAGCGGCUCAGCAUAGGCAAGGCCGGGCCGAGGGAGGAGGUAGAAGAAGUCAUCCAUCACAGCCGCCAGGGUCAAACAGGCUCUGUGCCCCCAGCCUCAGCGGCCACGCCCAGCCCAGAGGAGGACCAAAUGCUUAAUCCACAAAAGGACUGCAGAAUAGUGAACUCUGGCAUAGAUGACUAUUGCAGAGGGGUCUCGCAGCUGGCUCCCGUGCUGGAGUCCCAGGAGGAGCAUGUCAGCAGUUUGGGCGCAUGCCCCACGAGGACAGAGGAAGUUACAUCCAAACAGCUGCCACAGGAUGGCAAAGAAGAGAAAGGCGUUGCUCAAAGAGAUUCUGAGAUGCCGCCAAAGGCCGAAAGAUGCGAAGAGAGCGGCCAGCCACUUUCGUGUCCUCUGGCCUCUGAAUGGGAGGCUUCGGGGAGAGAAGAGAGCUCAGAGAAGAUGACAGCUCCUGCCUGGAGUGGCAGUGGACUGAAAAAACAAAGAAAGCUGUAUGAUUCCCAAAAAGAUGACAUGAUGGCCAGGAGAACGGGGAUGUCUCUUAGACACAGUGGAUCCAACCCAAACCAGUUCCUUCCGGUUCCAUUUGCAAAGCAGCAGGAAGUGGAGGAAUCUGUCAAGGGCCCACCCAUGAAAGAUAAGAGAUACGGUCCGAGAACUCCUGUGUCUGAUGACGCAGAGAGCACGAGUAUGUUUGACAUGCGGUGCGAGGAGGAGGCUGCAGUGCAGCCGCACAGCAGGGCCCGCCAGGAGCAGCUGCAGCUGAUCAACAGCCAGCUGCGGGAAGAGGACGACAAAUGGCAAGAUGACCUGGCUCGGUGGAAGAGCCGCAGAAGAAGUGCUUCUCAGGACUUAAUCAAGAAAGAGGAAGAAAGGAAAAAAAUGGAGAAACUAAUGGCUGGAGAGGAUGGGACAAGUGAACGGAGGAAAAGCAUCAAAACCUACAGAGAAAUUGUUCAAGAAAAAGAGCGGAGAGAGAGGGAGCUGCAUGAGGCGUAUAAGAACGCGCGGUCCCAGGAGGAGGCGGAGGGGAUCCUUCAGCAGUACAUCGAGAGGUUCACCAUCAGCGAGGCUGUUCUUGAACGCUUGGAGAUGCCAAAAAUCCUGGAAAGAAGCCAUUCAACAGAGCCAAACUUCUCCCCCUUCCCGAACGACCCCAACCCCAUGAAAUACCUGCGGCAGCAGUCACUGCCUCCACCCAAAUUCACUGCCACUGUGGAAACCACCAUCGCCCGUACCAGCAUUCUGGAUGCCAGCGUGUCAGGAGGCAGUGGGUCUCCAAGCAAAACUGUCGCUCCCAAAGCAGUGCCUAUGCUGACACCCAAGCCUUACUCCCAACCCAAGGGCUCUCAAGAGGUUCUGAAGACCUUUAAGGUAGAUGGGAAAGUCAGCAUGAAUGGAGAAACAGUUCACGGUGAUGAGGUGGAGAAGGAGAGCGAGUGUCCGACGGACGCACUCGUCCCCUCAUUAACCAAAUCCCAGAUGUUCGAAGGUGUGGCCAGAGUGCACGGGUCCCCAGUGGAGCUGAAACAAGGCAGCAAUAGCAUCGAGAUCAACAUACAGAAGCCAAAUUCUGUUCCCCAAGAUCUGACGGCAACCUCUGAGGAAAUGGAACCAAACAGCCAAGAAGCUGAGAAAGAUGGUGAAAACCUAAAAGAAGGGAAUACAGAACUUGCCUCAUCAGAGCCCCAGCAUUUUACAACUACUGUGACUCGGUGCAGCCCGACCGCGGCCUCGGUGGAGUUCUCCUCCAGCCCCAAGCUGAGGAACGAUGUGCCAGAAGAGAGAGACCAGAAGAAACCGGAAAAUGAAAUGAGUGGGAAGGUGGAGUUGGUGCUGUCACAAAAGGUGGUAAAGCCAAAGUCUCCAGAACCAGAAGCAACCCUGACGUUUCCAUUUCUGGACAAAAUGCCUGAAACCAACCAGUUACAUUUGCCAAAUUUCAAUUCUCAAGGGGAUUCUCCCAGCAGUGAAAAGUCACCUGCAACUACACCUUUCAAGUUCUGGGCUUGGGACCCGGAAGAGGAGCGCAGGCGACAGGAGAAAUGGCAGCAGGAGCAGGAACGUCUGCUCCAGGAGAGAUACCAGAAAGAGCAGGACAAGCUGAAAGAAGAGUGGGAGAAGGCCCAAAAGGAGGUGGAGGAGGAAGAACGCAGAUACUAUGAGGAGGAGCGCAAAAUAAUUGAAGACACUGUGGUUCCAUUUACUAUUUCUUCAAGUUCUGCAGACCAGCUGUCAACAUCCUCCUCUGUGACUGAAGGCAGUGGAACAGUGAAUAAGAUGGAUCUGGAAAACUGCCGUGAAGAAGAACAAGAGACAAGACAGAAGAAACCAUUCCCGGGGGGCAACAAUGGCUUGUUGCUUGAGCCUAGAGAAAGUGAUCCCCUGGAGGAAAAGGGCAGACUUAUUCAAGGGGCCUUGACUGAUUCUGAGAACCCUGCAUCAAAAGGAGCCCAUCCAAAUGAUCAGCUGGAUACAGAAGCUGGGGCCCCACACUGUGGGGUGAACCCACAGCCAGCUCAGGGUCCAUCCCGGAAUCAGCAGGUGUCAAACCUGCCAAUGAACACUUUAGAAGAUGUGAAGCCAAAAACCCUCCCAUUGGAUAACAGCAUUAACCAUCAGAUUGAGUCCCCGAGUGAAAGGCGGAAGAAAAGCCCUCGAGAGAACUUCCAGGCGGGACACCUGUCCCCCUGUCCUCCCACCCCUCCUGGCCAGUCACCAAACCGGUCUAUAAGUGGGAAGAAGCUGUGCUCAUCCUGUGGGCUUCCUUUGGGGAAAGGAGCUGCGAUGAUCAUUGAGACCCUCAAUCUCUAUUUUCACAUCCAGUGCUUCAGGUGUGGAAUUUGUAAAGGACAGCUUGGCGAUGCAAUGAGUGGGACGGAUGUUAGGAUUCGAAAUGGUCUUCUAAACUGUAAUGAUUGCUACAUGCGAUCCAGAAGUGCUGGCCAACCCACAACAUUGUGACAUGGUUUUCAAGACCCCAGAUCACUCACCACUUCUCUCUUGAGAGUGUCCCCUGGCAAUUGUUUAACGGAAUCCCAUGUUCGGGGGCUUCUCAGCAUUCAUCUAAUUUCUGAAAGGCUAUUCUAAAAGGUGGUAUCUGUUCUUUCAUAGCACAGUGUUUGUGUUUUUCCUGUUUGUUGUUUUUCUUUUAUUUUUUGCAUUUGCACAAUAUAUACAAAAGAAUAUUGAACUAUAAUGAUUCUGACUAGUUCAAAAGAAGGUCUUAGCAUGGUCGAACAGGCUUAUGGUUUAAAAUGUGUUAUUCUCUUCUUUGGGGAGUUGAUGAGAUAGAUGAUUCAAUAAACCUGUUUCGUUUUAGUAUUUCUAGGAAUUAAAUACUUUGUGUUUACAAAAUUGAGCUGCAGAAAGUGCAAGACAUGCCAAUUUGAGACACGGGGUCUUAUAAGACAGGAGCUUACAAGUAAUGCAUUUUGGAUACUAAAAACCACAUCAUAUAGCUCUGAGCUAUAACUUGUUUGUAAUGCAAUGACACUAGUCUGAUAAUAUAUACUGUAAUCCUGAAACAUUUGUGUUACUUACCUUUUGAGGCAGAAGUCAUACCGAUAAAUUAUUGCACCGUUAGUGUUAGGUUUAGUGUGCUUUGAAGGUUAUGUCAUUGAUAGAGUCUGGUCCAUCAAGUAAAGAGAACCCUUGCAAUGUCAGCUAGACUUGCACUCUGGACAUUGCCCAAGGGUAAGGGAACCCAGAGGAAAACAUUUUGGUCAUCAUUUCCAAAGUCCUUUCCAAAAUAUGUGAGGAAGUUUGAUCUUCAAAAGCGUGGUGGGCCCAUGCCAGCCACGAGGGCUUUGUUGCUUGCUUCUCUUCAGACUCUACAUUCAAUAAAAGACUCAGCAUAAGGCAUACGGAAACCCUCAUCGAGGUCGGUCCUUCCUUGAGACCACUGCUCACCCUUGCCUGCAAGGUCUCCUUGAGGGCACAAGUGUCUAAAGAACAGCAUUAAGUUCAUCCUAAUAGAAUCCAAAUGGCAUGUGAUGUGAUAAGCCACUGGAGUGUCAUCAGCAAGAGCCUGCAGGUCACAUGUGCGCUGCCCACCCUAAUGGACAUCUGCUCUUCCUCAUUCUCCUACAUCACCGGCUCUCUCUGCUAUCAAGCAUUCUGAACCUUGCUCAUGGAGGCCUUCAGAGAGGAACUCUUGUGGAGAGCUGCUUACUUUUUAAGCCCUGUGUGGUGUUUCAGCUGGCCAAGAGGGGGAUCUGUGACUAAGAAGCAUCACGUUUUAAAUCUCCAGGCUGUUUUCUUUAAGACUGGGGAAAGGGGACUAUUUAUUCUGCCUUGAAACGAGGGCAAAUAAGUGAAGAGGACCUUUUGUGAAUGUAGACUGUGGAUAUCCGCCUAAUAGAUUCAUGUAGUCAUUAAAGGAGACCAAGUAGAUGUUCUUCUGUUACGUAAGCAAUAAUUUUUUUUCUGUCCUAUUGAGUAUGGCUAGCAAUUAUUUAUUUACAUGCUAGAUGGUUCUCUGCAUGUGGGUUCCAUAUAAGCGCCGAAAUUCCCUCAGCCACUGGAGGUAUUUUGACCAUUUUGUCAUUUGGAUGAGCUGCGGUUAGAUUGAAAUUCACACAUCACUUCAUUAAAAAUUGUGCCUUAGAAAAUGCAAAGCUGUUGCACACAGUAUGAAUUAUGGAUGCAGUACAUUGAAGAGAGAUGAAGUCACUUCCAAGUUCCCAAGACUUCUCCUGGAGGUGUUUGCUGUUUUACAGGGAAAAAUAAAUAAAAUUUAAAAAAAAGAAAAAUAGAAAACAUUAACAUGAAAAAAGUUUUGAAAAUGUACAGAUUAAGUUCAAUAUUUUGAUUAACCACCUGCAUGUUUUAUUAAAUAUUUUGAUAAUGUGAUGUUUACACUUUGCAUGAUAUUAGCAGAGUACUUUACCAGAAAUAAUGCACAAAAACAUGUACAAUACGAUCAUUCAUAACCGGUUUUUAUAGGAUACUUUUUACAUGUGGAACUCCAUCCGUUAUGUAGGGAUUAUAUGAAUAUUGCACAUUCUCUUCUGGUUUCACAGACCCAUUUAUACACAUUUCUUAGUGAGACUCAUUGUACAUGUAUUGAAGCUAGAAUCGAGUCAAGAAAAAUAAAGCCCAUUCUCUGACUGCGAGAUGUGCUUUCCCAUAAUGAACAAUAGUCACCAGCACAGAAUAAUCUCCAACAUUUUCUAAAUUCUAAUUGCCAACUGUUUCUAUUUAUAUUUGAUUUAUAUUUCAUUUGGAGUCUGUUACAUGGCAGCUCAGGCAGACUAGAGCUUGUUUUUUCCAAGGCAGCAUAAUGAGUAUGAUCUAUUUCUUUUCAAAUAAUCUUUGAGAUCCCAGGGAAAAAAAUUCUCUGCUCUGUGGAGCUACUAUGUAAAUGUGUUUGCUUUAAAAAAAAAAAUGAUACAAGUGAGUGAUUUAUUGUUCCCAAGGAAGUACGUCUGAUUUUUUUUUCUCAUACUCCAAAAGCCAGUUCCUUCUCUUUCUUAAGAAAAAAAUGGGUAACUGUUAUUCACUAGCAAACUUUCAUGCCAUUUUCUCAUUCUUUCUAUGUAGUGGUAUUAAUGCAAUACAUAUUCUAGUUAUCUAUACACAGUGUAAGACUUAACGAACUGAAAUGAUCCACCUCAUGUGUGAGUCCGUCCAAAAGAUGUUACUGUUCUGGGUGGGCCAAUGUUCUAUAUCAGUUACACUAACCUUCAUUUAAAAUAUUUAUUCUAAAAUGCCUCUGAGAAAUAGUAAAAAACAAAUAAAAAGUUGUCUAAAAUGCAACAGCUUUUAUAGUAAAUGUACAUUUAUAAAUAAAAUACUCAAAUCAA